AUGUCAACCCAAGCUCCCCCGGCCAUUCCUCCCCGGCCGUCUCGUUCUCCCCAACCGCCGUCCUCAUCGUCGCUAGAGAUGCCGAAGAUACCACCUCGCCCGGGAAACCGCCGCAAUGACCGCUCAGUCUCGCCGAUGCGUGAUAGCUAUGCCCCUUCGCCGUUCAAUGAAUGGACCGGCCCUGGAAUGAGCCGUACCGUAUCAAAUGACGUACCCCAGCGUCCGCCUAGUGUCACAAUACCAUCUCUGGGCGAGGAGGGAAUCGAGUACGCCGACCUUGACCCGGGGAAUGUGUCAGAUAACCACCAUCAAACCCCCGCGGAGACUCGGAAUGUCAGCAGUGAUCUGAAGAUCCAUGCACCAAGACCCUCGUUGCCCACAUCAAGUGCGGAAGCUCAGGUCCAGGCUGUUACUCGCACUGAUUCCCGGCAGGCCGCUGCAGCUGGAUUGGGUCGCGGGGGUUCACCCGAACAAGAACGCCAAAGUCGUGAGCUACACUCCCAGACCAGCGGUUCUCGUGCGGAUUCGUCCACUGCGCCGAAUGAUCGCAGGUACUCGACUCAGCACCCAGAUGAGCAGGGCUUCCGGGUGCCGAUGUACCCUAACGCUGGGGACGUUCAGGCUCCUUCCCCAAGCCCUCAUGUCGACCAAGGCUCACAGCGAUCCGGUCGUAACCAUAACCGUUCCCGUAGUACACGGGAUUCUUCACUGCCUCCUGGUAGCUAUGGGCUCCAUGGACAUGGUGUUCAGCAAUCAGACAAAUUCGAGAAGGCUUGGUAUGAGAAGCAUCCUGACGAAUUUGCUAAAGAGGAAGGCCAAUAUGGCCCCGGUGUCGGGACCCCACGCCCUGAUUGGGCUUUGAGCAGUGAUGAUCUGAACAAGAUCGUGCGUGGCUCUGCACAGACUGGAUCGGGUCUGGGUACUUCUCCAGGUGUUGUGGGAACCCCUGAUGAAGAAGUUGGGUACAUGGCCUCCGAUGAGUAUAUCCAUCGCAUAGCGUCUCCCCCACCUGAGGCACGCCACGAAAGCCAGCCAACUAUUGAAUCACCUCUCCGACAAAUGAGUUUCCCCUCGGAAGCUGCGCCAAAACUAGUCGGAUCACCCCUUCGUGAUCGUAAAUCUAGUUCGCAUGGAAACCAUGAGGGUGGAGUUAUUCACGUGGAUGAUCCGAAGCACCCUUUGCAUCACCCUGACGGAUUUUCUGCCACCCCUGCGUUAGAAGAGAACGAUCCCUUAUCCGAUGAGAUGAAGAAUGACGAAGAUCCAAUCCUGGCCGCUGAUCAAGUCCGUCCCGAAUCGGCGUACCUCCAUCCUGCCAUCUCGCCCACAUUUGAUCGUCGGGGUAGCUUCGAGGACGAAGCCCGCAGUCGGAACCCCAGUGUGUCACAUAGUCGUUCGCACAGUCGAUCGGCGAGUGCCCAGGUCCAAUUCCCGACAUUGACACGCUAUGAUUCGCGGGAAGAUACACAUACCCCCCUGGAGGAUGUCGAGGAAUAUGAGCCAUUGUUCCCCGAGGACGAUAACAAGAAGGAUACACCUGUUUCCGCUACGGAUCGAUUCAAGAAGCGGCCUGACAUGCUCAAGCACAGGUUCCCAAGUCAGGAUAUUUGGGAAGAUACCCCCAAUAGCCUGCAGCUCCAUGCUACUGUUACUACUCCAGACGUUCCUGCCCAGGACUCCCCCGAGACCUUCGAAACGCCUGAGCAGGAAGCUACACGCAGAAUGCAAGCAGACAAAGUCGACUCACAUCAGGUUGCAAGUCACAUUCUGGAAGGUGAAGGUGCCAGGGAAAAGCUUGUGCGACCCGACACAUUGAAGCAACGCUUCCCCAGUAAUGAUAUCUGGGAAGAUGUCCCCGAAAGCCAGCGUCUUGUCACCACCGUCGAGCCUGCCAAGGAAGAAGUGAAGAGCCCCGAGGUACCAUCCAAGCCUACGCUCCCCGCUCGUCCACAGAGACAACCCCAAUCUUCACCGAUCGAAAAGCGCCAGCCACCAAGCAUCCCCGAGAGGCCAAAGCCCCAAGUUCCCGCCCGUCCCACUAAGCCUAGCUCUCAGGUUCCAGCAGCUAGCGAGGAGACCCCGAAGGAGGCUCCUGCAGUGAAGCCCAAGCCUGCUGUUCCAGCUCGUCCGGGUGGCAGCAAAAUCGCGGCUCUGAAAGCUGGGUUCCUCACUGACUUGAACUCACGCUUGCAACUCGGUCCCCAGCAACCCAAGCCUCAAGAGGAAGUGCCCGAAGCGCCAGUUGAGAAGCAGCCACUGAGUGAUGCCCGCAAGGGAAGAGCCCGCGGUCCAGCUCGUCGUAAACCUGCUGUGGAAAAGCCUGCUGCAGAGAAACCCGCUACUGCGCUUCCCACUCUCCCUGAGAUCAAGAUCACGGAAUCCUUGAACGUCUGGCAGGUGGGCCAGGACGGCAGAGUGACUGUCGGACCGGGCAGCAAGGCUGAGAAGAAACCUGUUGAUCUCGGGGACAAAUCUCUACAUCCCGUACAGUCAAUGGCCCCUCCCAUCGCCCAGAACGCCGCCGGUGAAUCUGUAGACCCGACACCUGAAUCAUCUGAACCAGCAGAUGCUAGCUCGCUACAAACAAGCCAACCAGAGGAUGAGACCGACCAUUUGUCCACCGAAGAAACCGUUCUCGCCGAGCCCACCGAGCCCUCUGUGGCACCGAUUCAACCUAUUCUCAAAGAAGCUGACGAAGAGAAGGCAGCAAAGGUGGUCGAGUCACCCGAGGUCCCAGCCACGGCCACUCCACAGACAACUGAAAUCCCUCCUUCACCCAAGCUGGAGGAUACCAUUGAAGAGAUGGCUGCAUCUGCGGAUGGCAAGAGAGAGUCUGACGGGCAUGUCCACCAAGUGGAGUAG